AUGAAACGUGAUGUGAUUGACAAUCCUACAGCCCCAAUAAAACAGGUAUAUAAUGCUGCGGUUGCAAGAAUGCAGCGCCAUCCGGUUCAGGGAGGUGGAGAUCGGCCCCCUAGGGUCGAAGCUUACCAUUCAUUCAGAACAGUCUUGAAUCGCACGAGAGUAAGCCAACUCCCAGAGAUUCCCGUAGAAGUGGAGGAUGUUGUAAUAGAAGGACAGUGGGCUGAAACAUGGCUACAGGAGAGGUUUCUUCUACACCAAGACAAUGACUUGGGAAUCGCUCUUUUUGCUCCGGACGCCAAUUUAACAGCAUUGCAGCAGUGCCGUGAAAUAUACAUGGAUGGUACAUUCCGAUGUUGCCCACGCCCAUAUGUACAGUUCUUCACCAUCAUUGGGCGUUACCGUGGUUGGAUUGUGCCAUUGGUAACAGUGCUCAUGGCUAACAGAAAUAUCGGCUGUUACAGACAAGUUUUGACGGCCGUCAAGAGACAAGUUCGCCUCAUCACUCAUCGUCGCUGGCAACCGCAAAUAGUAAUAUGCGACUUCGAGCAGGCACUGAUCAAUGCAGUUGAAACCGAGCUCCCCAAUGCAGAUGUUCGCGGGUGCUACUUCCACUUCACCCAAAAUCUUUGGAGAAGAGUUCAAGAGCUGGGAUUGGCGGUGCCCUACCGUCGUAACCGCCGUCUGAGGAAAUGCAUUCGGAAAGUUAUGUCUCUUGGUUACCUCCCUAUGCCAAUCAUGCAAAUGAACUUCAAUUUGCUGCGUACUGCAAGGAGAACGACCAAUCUCAUUAACAGGUAUCCUGCCCUGAUGGACUUUUUCGCAUACAUCAUGAAUACCUACGUAAAUGGAACUUUCCCGCCAGCCCUCUGGAAUGUGUAUGAGAGGAACAUGGGCUUGCGUACAAACAACAACUUGGAAAGUUACCACAGAGUGUUGAAUGACACAGUUGUUGUCAAACACCCGUCGCUGUGGACGUUCAUUAGGCAUCUUAGGGACAUCCAGGCCAACGUCGAAAGUUCCAUUAAUUCUGCAGACCUAGGAGAUGCACCUCCACCGCGAAGACGGAAAUGGAGACAGCUAGAAGCAAGACUUCAGCGGCUAAAAGACCAGUACGUGAAUGGAGAGAGAGACCUUGACUCAUACUGGCAGGCAGUUUCUCACUGCGUCGGAUAUCAUUAG